AUGGGGAGAAGCUAUAGUUACAGUCCUUCACCACCACGGAGUUACGGAAGAAGGUACAGAAGUCCAAGUCCAGUAGGCUACUACAGAGGUCGGAGUAGAGAUUCACCAACCAGUCUACUAGUUCGUAAUCUCCGGCGCGACUGUAGGCAAGAAGAUCUCCGUAGACCAUUUGGGCGGUUUGGUCGACUCAAGGACGUCUAUAUACCUCGUAAUUAUUACACUGGGGAGCCUCGUGGGUUUGGCUUUGUGCAGUACUAUGAUCCUGAUGAUGCGGCAGAUGCAAAAUAUCAUUUGGAUGGCUAUGUUCUUCUUGGUCGUGAAAUUACUGUAGUAUUUGCAGAGGAGAACAGGAAGAAGCCCUCCGAAAUGAGAGAACGAGAACGAUCAAGGUUAAGCUUGAACUUAACAUGGGCAGAACAUCUACAAGAUCUCCAUAUGGUGGUUACUCUCGGUCUCCUGGCUAUUCGCGUUCACCAAACCACAGAAGAAGCUAUUUGCGUUCGCAGAACUACAGAAGAAGCUAUUCGCGUUCACCAUAUGAUGAAAGACGCCAUUCAAGUUCAAGGUCAUACACAUCAAGGUCAAGCUCAAGGUCCCGGUAUGAAUCGAGAAGCAGAAUCCCGAGUCCCGGAUACUGAAGGCUGCUAA